UUUCUUCUUCUUCUUCUUCUUCUUCUUCUUCUACCACCGCUCACUCUAUACAAUUUACACCCUUUUCCUAAUUUUCCUUCUUACCCAAUAAUUCCUUCAUUUUCUUAUUCAAUCUUGGCGCUCUUUCUUUAUCACCCGCUCUAACUUCGGAUGCAAAUUUCCCUUCACCCUUUCUGCCUUGGUUCCGGAUUGUAUUGGGAUUAGAUGUUGGGUAUGAAUUAAUUUGCGUACGCUAGGUUGUUGGAUACAGUUUCCUUCUUAUUGGACUCCGAACAACUUAAUUCAUGCGGGUAUAUCCUGGAAGUUCGAAGCUGUCCAGGCAGUUGGGGUGCAGGGGCCCGGGAUCAUGCACAAUACAUGGACACUCCUAACCGCAUUAUCUUAACGGGUUAUUGUCAAUGCUCUGUUCUGUUUUUACUUCUUCAGUUUUAAUCUUAGUUUGAGUCCUCCCUUGAGUGGUAUCAGCACUCCUACUAUUACCAUUCUCAGUCCCUACCCGGAAAAUUCAAGCUUGAUUUUCUUGGAACAUUCAGAAUGGAUUUUGAGGAAAACUGUGGAUGUCAUGUCAUGUUGAGCUGAUUUUAUCCAGCUUUUGUCAUCUCUACUAAUUGACACGACUAGGAAAAGCUGAAAAAAUUCAAUUACAUUGAAGAAAGGGAGAUUCUUCCCCUUAUUGUUCAAAAUAAGCAGGAGCUAAAGACCAGAUUACUUGCUUCCUGAACAAGAAACGGCCUGUCGUGGAUAAUCAUCUGAAACGGAUGAAAAGGGGUUAUUAUGUCUGAGUUGAUUGACCGUCUCCCAGACGCGGUUGCCCUUAGGUGCCUUGCACGUGUGCCCUUCCACCUCUAUCCACAGUUGGAGCUUGUUUCUCACUCCUGGCAAGCUGCCAUUCACAGUGCUGAACUAUACAGAGUCCGGCAGGAGAUUGGAUCAUCAGAAGAUCUAUUAUGCGUAUGUGCAUUCGAACCUGAGAAUCUAUGGCAGCUCUAUGACCCCCUCAGAGACCUUUGGAUGACAAUUCCGGUAUUACCAUCGAAAAUUAGGCAUCUUGCACGCUUUGGUGCUGUGUCCACUGCUGGAAAGUUGUUUGUGCUUGGUGGUGGCAGUGAUUCUGUUGAUCCGUUAACCGGAGAUCAAGAUAGGAACUUUGCCACCAAUGAGGUGUGGUCCUAUGAUCCUGUAAUACGCCGGUGGUCUCAAUGUGCAUCAAUGCUUGUACCCCGUGCCAUGUUUGCAUGCUGUGUUUUGGAUGGAAAGAUUGUUGUUGCAGGUGGUUUUACUAGCUGCAGAAAAUCAAUUUCUCAGGCAGAAAUGUACGAUCCUGAUAAAGAUGCUUGGAUUCCUCUGCCUGACCUACACCACACUCACCAUUCUGCUUGCACAGGGGUUGUGAUUGGAGGGAAGUUGCACGUCCUGCACAAGGGAUUAUCAACUGUGCAAAUUUUCGAGAAUACGCGGCCUGGAUGGAGAGUUGAAGAUUAUGGUUGGCUUCAAGGUCCAAUGACCGUUGUCCAGGGUUCACUCUAUGUGAUGAGCCAUGGACAUAUUUUCAAGCACGAUGGAGAAGCUAAGAAGGUCAUUAUUUCAGCAUCCGAAUUUCGCCAACGAAUUGGGUUUGCAAUGAUGAGUUUGAGAGAUGAAAUUUACGUGAUUGGAGGAGAUAUCGGUCCCGACCGUUUGAAUUGGGACGUCAAGCCAACAUCUGAUGUUGACAUAUUGACAACAGGAGGUGAGAGGCCAACAUGGCGACGUGCAACAUCAAUGACCAGAUGCCAUGGGGCUAUUCGGGGAUGUGCUCAGUUGAGAAUUUAGGAUACCAUUCUGUUGCUACCUUGUCAUUGCAUUGUGUUUGCCUCAUAACCUCUCCUAUUGCCUUUUCUGGUGGCUGCCUCUUUUUGUAAUCUUAUGAUGUUCAUUCUUGGGGUAUGUUGAUGAUUCUCCUGGAAAAUUGGAUAUCAUUGGAACUGUGUAAGAUUCUGAGGUGGUACAUGAAUAUUAUGAAUGAUUUGUGAGCAUCCA